AUGAGUGACUUGAUCGUUAAAUGCAGCAUCUUCUGCACUUUCGCGGUAUUUCAAAGCCUGGCUUUCCACGAUUCGUUGCCUUGUUCCAUCGCGUCUUGCACUCUUGCUCGUAGACGAAAAAGUCUGUUAACUCUGUUUUUAGUUGAAGAAUUUUUAUACGAUCGGUUGCGGAUUUUGAGGCUGCAAUAUGGGUAUCCAUGUGGGGUCAAGUUCAGGUUUAUCAACAUCGGAUCCAGAGGACGAUCAGUCACAGCCCUUUUGAUUGGUCUAGCCACAGGAUGCAUUAUUUUGCUAACUUCUGGUGGUAAAAACUCUCGCAUAUUGGAAUUUCAGGAAGAGUUUUUCUUUAUGUAUCUCCUUCCGCCAAUAAUCUUCAAUGCUGGGUUUCAGGUGAAAAAGAAACAGUUUUUCCGCAAUUUCAUGACCAUUACAUUAUUUGGAGCUAUUGGUACUUUGAUAUCGUUUGCCAUUAUAUCAUACGGUGCAACACUCUUGUUCCCUAAACUGGACAUUGGUUACCUCGAGAUCAAGGACUAUCUUGCACUUGGAGCCAUAUUUUCUGCAACAGAUUCUGUGUGCGCCUUACAGGUGCUUAAUCAAGAAGAAACACCAUUGUUGUACAGUCUAGUGUUUGGGGAGGGUGUGGUGAAUGAUGCCACAUCUGUGGUACUUUUCAAUGCCAUCACCAAUUAUGACCUAAACAACAUGAAUGCUACUGAAGUUCUUACAUUUGCUUACAGUUUCUUGACAUUGUUUGUAUUAAGCACGUUGUUGGGAGUUUUUGUUGGGCUGCUAUGUUCAUUCAUCAUCAGAACAUUAUACUUUGGAAGGCAUUCAACUGAUCGUGAAAUAGCUCUCAUGAUGCUCAUGGCUUACCUCUCAUACAUUACAGCUGAAAUGUUUGAAUUAAGCGGAAUCCUUACAGUAUUCUUUUGUGGGAUUGUAAUGUCACACUACGCAUGGCAUAACAUCACUUUGAAUUCACAAGUAACCACAAAGCAUACUUUUGCCACAAUGUCAUAUAUAUCUGAAGUGUUUAUCUUCCUGUAUGUUGGAAUGGACUCGCUAGAUAUUGAAAAAUGGAGGUUCAUAGAGGAUAGCCCUGGAAAAUCAUUUAGUGCAAGUGGUAUACUGGUUGGGUUGAUUAUGGUUGGAAGGGCAGCUUUUGUGUUCCCUCUGUCAUUAUUAUCCAACUUUAUUCGAAAAAAUAGGAACGAAAAGAUCAAGAUUAAACAGCAAGUUACAGUUUGGUGGGCUGGUCUCAUGCGAGGCGCUGUAUCUGUAGCACUUGCUUAUAAAAAGUUUACUGGAUCCGGGCAAACUAUUCAGCCUGCAAAUGCGCUGUUGAUCACCAGCACCAUUACUGUUGUUCUUUUCAGUACAGUGGUAUUUGGAUUGCUAACAAAGCCGAUUAUAAGAUGGUUGUUACCAGAUGAAACAGACCCAUCUACUCCAAACUCAUCAAGUAGUAUGCCACUUCUACAAAACGGGCAAGGGCAUGGGCAUGGGCAUGACCCUGACCAUGAAGAAGACGGAAAUGAAAAUAGGCCGAGUCUAAAGCGGCGUCAAAACAUGGUUCAUCAGUAUUGGAGAAAGUUUGAUGAUGCGUUUAUGCGCCCUGUUUUUGGGGGUAGAGGCUUUGUGUCCCAAGCCACCGGGACCCGCGACAUGGGUGUCAUCCAUUGAUGCGGGCUACCACUAUGGACUCUGGACUAUGUUGAUGUACAUAAUUGGCUUCGUUGGAUUGGUUUUAUAGUUUUGGUACAGAUAUAUUUACGUGUUUUCGGUUGUAUUAUAAUUAUAUACUUUUAAGGGGUUAAAAAGCAUUAUAGAGUAAAAAAAAAGGGUAGAUAGAUGUAUUGUGUUGGGGUUCUUUAUCGAUCGUCUAACUGCCAACAUGCUAACAGCCUAACAUAAGAGAUGUAAAUCGGAAUGUCAACUAGAACAUGGAAGAUUGGAAGGUUUCGACUUCUUAUACAUCAAAAAGUGUCAAAAUGGAAGCUUCGUGAAAAAGUAUAAGUAUAAUUUCGUGAAAUGUAGAAAGGC